GUAUUGCCGUCGCCGCUCCAGUUUUGAAAGCCACUGGUAGCAAACUACAAGCCUUUCUGUGGACUCUCUUAUCAGCCGUCGCUGAGCCCCUGGGAGGUAUACUUGCCUGGUUGAUUCUUGGUGAUCUGCUAGGGCCCUUUUCUAUUGGGUGUAUGUUGGGUCUUACAGCCGGAAUUAUGGUAUGCUGUGCAAGGCGUGUUGUUCGGAGUGUCAUUUUCUCAGACCUAUAUUGCAAUUCUCAAGUUGCAGACGUUCGCG